AUGCCUACCGUGUUCCACCGGUACACUGCGUUGGUGAAAAAGUACCCGUACCGCGUGAAUGCCCUUACGUCGGGGCUCUUAUUCGGGCUUGGGGACUACGUGUCGCAACGGCUUUUCCCUGAUGCCAACUUACACCACCAUGAUCCCGAGGCCCACCCGGCGGUGAACAUGUUCAAGCUGGCUCGGUUCGACACCCACGACACCCCAUAUAACUACCAGCGGACGUUGCGAGCAGUGGUGUACGGGCUGGUGGUGUUUUCGCCCCUCGCUACCUGGUGGCAGACCCGGAUGUUGCCCCGGAUCCACUUCCCGAUGCUGGCGUUCCGCCGCCAGUAUAUGAGUGCCACCACCCAGCGCCAGCUGCGACUCCACAUUUAUGACACCAUGGCGCGGUUAUUUGUCGACCAGAUGACGAUGCCCAGUCUCGUAUUCAUUCCCCUUUACAAUUUCUGCAUGGUCGCGAUGGCUGGCUACGACCACCCGUUUGCCGUCACCAGGGAAAAACUAGAAAAGAACUGGUGGAACGUGCUUAAGGCGUCGUGGACGGUGUGGGGCGGGUUCCAGUUGGCGCUGUUGUUGUGGAUCCCCGUGCAUUUGAGAGUGUUGGCCGCCAACUUCUGGCAAGUCGGCUGGCUGUCGUUUUUAUCGUACUGCCAUAACAGCAAGCACCACAGUAAGUUAUUGGACGAGUUGGUCGAGGUCAACGACCAGGAACUCUCCAUCGGUUACAAAUAG